AUAACCGUAUCAUAGUUUCAGCUAAAAACAUUCCUUCCUAAAGCCAGCAGAUAAACGUAAAUCGCUUUAUAAAAAUGAACAAAUCGAUUUUCAUUGUUUUUGCUUUAAUUGGUGGCGUAUUGGCUCAGUCAGGUAUUUUAAGUCCUGCCGUACCUGCUGCUUUUGCGCCCGCAUUAACUUAUGCUAACGCCCCAUUGUAUGCGGCCGGUGGUAGUCAACAAGUUGAUAUACGUCACAAUUACGAUGGAACUUUAUCGUCUUAUACGACAGCACCUUUCGCUUAUGCUGGUCCAUUUUCAAGCCGAUAUGCGACCGGCUUACCGACGGCUACUUUUACUGCUGCCACGGCUCCUUAUAUCGCAUCAUAUCCUGCUGCCUAUGCCUCGCCUGCUGCUAUAGCAGCCGCACCAGCUCCUCUGGCACUUCUAGUGUUCGAGUGUAUUAUUCUAAAACCAGUGGUGGAAUUGCGUAUCAACAAUCAACUCACUAAAAUGUUGCACCUGAAAGUGACUUUCGCUUUAAUUGCUUUGUGCGCCGUUGUAUUCGUUCAGGCGAAGCCAUCGCAUCCUUUCGAUUUUCAUGCAUUACCGGAACACUUUGCUUAUGCGACACCUGAAUUUUUGCACUCUGCACCGCUACCAAUAGGACCGUCACCUCUAUGGCCUGCGCCAGCUCCACUAUUUGCCGCACCAGCUCCAGCUCCGUUAUUACCUGCUCCAGCUCCGUUAUUACCUGCUCCAGCGCCUUUACUGCCAGCGCCAGCUCCCCUAUUGCCAGCACCGGCUCCUUUAUUACACACACCAGUAUUAGCGGCUCCGGCUCCUUUACCCGUUCCGCUACCCGUUCCACUCGCUCCAAUACCAACAUAUCGGGCUAUACCCGGUCCCAAAACUACCACGCAUCAUGUAUCAGUUGGCUACGCAUUUCCUCAAGCGGUCGUCGCUAGGCCUAUAGUCGCACCGCAUGCCCAUUUCCAUGCGGCGCCAUUAUCAUGGGCUCAUCACCAUCACCAUCAUAGUCUUUUCUAAACAUCGUUUCGCAUUACUAAGCAAAACGAUUUCAUUUAGAACUUGUACUCAUAUAGCAAUUAUUAUACCAAAAUUUAAAUAACUAUUAUUAUUACAGAGACUAAUUUAUUUAACC